AUGGAUUUCAACUUCUCACAAGUAGUGGGUCUCAUCGAGACCCUCUACUCCAAUACUUUGGCAGCGGGUCAAGUGGUCCAAGUGCAAUCCCAACUCCAACAAUUUCAAAAACAUCAAGGGUCAUUACAAGUGGCAGAUCAACUCCUCGAUCCUCGCAAUAACUACAGCUUGGAAUGCCAAUUCUUCGGGGCAUUGACCUAUACUGUUCAACUAAAUCAAAUAUUCUCCACUUGGGGCGCUGUGGUUGAUGACGAAUCGGACAUUGAUGAUGAUGAGACCCUCAAAGGUGCCACCGGCACUGAUGACACAAGAAAUAUGGUUGAUCAAUUGACAUUGAGACAAUUAUCCCAUUUGAAUAACCUCCUAACUCAACAUUUCGUCCAUCGUCAACCAAACCUCUUUGUGAUCAAGAAAGUGUUCAGCAAUUUAUCGUUGGUCUACUGCCACAAUUUCCACAAUUGGACCAAUCCAUUAUUAAGUUUCUUGGGGACUCAAGACGACCCGUCAAUAUCAUCACUAAGACUAUCGGUGGCAAACAUCGAACACCAUCUCCAAGCCAGCUUGGCGGGACUGGCGCAAAAACUCCAGCUUGUCCUACUUUUCUCCCAAAUCAUUAUUGAAGAUAUCUUGAAAAAUAACACCAUGAGCGAUCAUUUAGAUCAACAACUACAUACCUGUUUACGGAAAGAGGUAUUUGUGGUCACGGAAUUUUUUGUCAACUAUUCCAUGAAUUUGGUCAUUGAAAAACUUAAUAAUAAUAAUAAUAACAAUAACAAUAACAAUAAUAAUAACAAUAACAAUAAUAAUAAUAAUACUCCAAAACUAUCGAACGACAAUAAUCAAUUGUUGGCUGACGCAGUUAGAUGUUACACUGCUUGGACUUCAUACAUUUCGUUUUCUUAUUUAAACUCCACGGAAAAAUUUAUCAUCGAUCCAACGUUAAAUCUUCUCAUCAAGUUUUUGUUAUGCCACCAAACUUCGGAUCAAUUGAUCAAUGAUUCCGACUCGAUUUUCGUGGUGAUUGAAUUCCUUACCAACUUGCUAGAGACAAACGCCAAUUUACUCAAUAAUUCGUUCAAACAAACCAUCAACGACCUAAUUUUUAAAGACUGGGGGAUGAACUAUCUCAAUUUCCUCAAUGGAUCAGGCGAUGACGAUCUCAUCGAAAACGAGAAAUCAGUACAGGAUUUCGCCAAACUCGUAAUAUCGUACUUUGAAUUGGAUAUGGUACGAAUCAGCAAGUUGUUGGUGGAUGAUAGCUGUUCGUAUAUUUUCCAGGCUCUCAUGAAAUUAACGGCAUUCCCAGGAACCCCUAUUCUCGAUGAAGAGAUCUCCAGAGAUUUCAUUGAAUUCUGGUUGGAGACGUCUGAUACCUUGAUUGAUGAUACUGACAGUUUGUUGAUUUUGUUAAAGACCACGGAAAAUUUGCAACUAUUCAAAAAAAAUUUCAAAACGUUAUUAGAAUUACUUGGUAAAACCUAUUGGACCAAAGUUCAACUACCAUUAGCUAACCAGACGUCGAUGAAAAUGAUUAAAGGACAAUACAAGGAUGAAUAUUUCUCUUACAGAAGAGACGUGGGUGAUUUAUUCGAUUCCAUGUAUGUGAUUAUCAAAGAUUCAAUUUUCAAGUUCUUGUUCGAUAAUAUCAUCAAUAAUCUCAAUGUUACCAGCUUGACUUUACAAAAUGCCUCAGAAGUCGAAGCGUCAGUGUUUUUAAUCAAUUGCAUGUGUUCCAAUUUCUCCGAGGGAAAUGUCCCUGAUGAAAUCUUUGGUAUGUUGGUACAUUUGUUCAGUUUCCACAGAAACGAGGAGAUCAAUUUCCUUAAAAUCGGAUUGAUUACCAAUAAUAGUUACUUGAUGAAUACCACGGUAUCAUUUCUUAGUUCCAUCAAUUUUUUUUACAAGAGUGAACAAGGAUUGGGAUUCUUGAAUGAAAUCUUGGAUUACUUGUUCAAUUUAUUAUCAUUAUCCAUCCAAUCAAAAGAACUCCCUGGAAAAUUUCAGUUUAUUGUUGCCAGAGCCAUUGCCUCGAUCUGCAGUCAAUGCCGAACUUUCUUGGCGUCGUCAUUGUUUAAAUUUGAACCUUUAUUAUUCAACGUGAUCAAUUCCAUUGACUUCAAAGCAUUUACUAGGGAGAAAGUCAUUAACUCCGUGAGUUUUAUAAUUCAAGGGAUUAAAAACCCCCAAACCCAAGGAGAAUAUAUUGUCAAAUUGCUUCAACUUAUUAAUGACCAAUCGACAAAAAUUUUUCUGGAAAUCAAGAGUGGCAGGGUCAACAAUAACCAUGAUUUGAAUAUUUUAUUGGAUUACUUAGUGUCGCUCCUUGAUUGUGUAUUACAAAUCGCCAGAGGAAUGCAAUUACCAGAAGAAUCGGUGAUUUUCUAUAACGAUGAAGAACGACAAUUGGUGGAUAAUUUUUGGAUCGCUGAUAAUUUGGGGAUUCAUUCGAUGAUUUUGCAAAUCAUUUCGGGAUUUUCUUUGGACCCCGAGUUGACCAACAUAUUUAUCACCAACCAUAAUAAUGGUGAAUCAUUGGGGGUCACUGAUGGAUCGGUGAAAAUCAAUUAUCAUAAUCUCGUUACUGAGAAAUGUUGUGAGAUUUUUAGGGCCGGAUUAUGUGAAGAUAUCAAUGGACCGUUUGUGUUUGCUGAUAAUCAAAUCAUUAUUGAUUAUGUAUUAUCCAAAUUCGAAGAUACCAAAAAUAGAAUUGAUGUGGAUAAACCACACUCUUCGAUGACAUUGUCAAUUGGGUAUUUAUUUGGUCUUUUAGAGACUUUUGUGAGUGCCAAUUAUCGGAAAUUAUCGAAAGAAGCGGUGACCAAUUGUAUUAUUACAAUAUUUGUGAUGAAUCCUCAAUUACUCAACCUGGAUGUCGAUUUAUUUACCAAUGCGUUACAAUUCCUCAAUAAGGUCAUUGAAAAAAAACCGGAUUUGUUAUUUUACAUCUCCGAUAACCUGGCCAACUAUUUCGCCACCAUUUUGGAAUCGUGUAUGGUGGUCCUCAAACAAUCUAAUGAGAAAUUUGUCAUUAAGACCGUGGUGAAAUUCUGGUGCAAUCUCAUAACCCUUAGAGCCGGUACUCGGGAGAAUCAAGAAUACAUCACCAGAAUCUUCAUCGAUGAACAAUUUGGUCAAAAACUUACUAAUGUCACGUUUUCGGCGUUAUUAAAAUCCACGAGAUCGAAUUAUGAGAUCUAUUGUGAUAUUGUCAGGAACAUGAUUGGCAAGUAUCCUUUGCAAUUCAAACAAUGGGCCAAUAACGCGUUGAUUUUAAUUAAUAACCAAAGGGUUUCCAAUGGAAAAAAAGCGUUACCAGACAUUAGGCAAUUAAUUCUGAAGUUGUAUUUGACUAAAGGUACCCGGAAGGUGAAUAUGGUGAUUAAAGACUUUUGGUUAGCCGCGAAUGGCCUCAUGGAUAUAUAA